UAAGUUUAAAUAUAAAUCGAAAUGAAAUUUAAGUUCAUUUUUGUGCUUGUUUUAUUAUACGUACCAAUAUCUUUCUCUUCGAAUAUUUUAUACUUAUCGAUUUUACCUUCGCACUCGCAUCAUUUUUGGAAUAGUGCCAUUAGCAAUGAACUUGCGAAACGUGGUCAUAACAUAACAAUAGUAUCUCCAGAUGCUGAGAUAGAUCCCCCAGCAGGUGUAAAUUAUAUAAUUCUUGAAAAUCAGUAUGUGAUCGAACAAAAUUUUGUGAAAACCAUUCUAAAUGCAUCCGAAGCCGUCAAUCCCUUUCAUGAGGCAAUUGAGUUGCAACAAUGUUACGAUGCUCUGUGUUCCGGUGCAGUUGAAACAGAUGGUUUUCGAACUUUAUUGAAUUAUCCGGAUAAUUUCAAGUUCGAUUUGAUUGUGCAUGAUUUUACAGUUGGCUCAUGCUUGCUACCGUUCCUGCACAAAUUCAAUUACCCGCCCAUGCUUGCUGUUACAGCCUUUGGUCAUCCAUCAUUUGUGAAUGAUCUGAUUGGUGGCCACCACUAUUAUGCCUAUGUUCCGCAUAUGUUGCUUCAGUUCGAUGACACAAUGACAUUUGUACAGAGAUUUCUUAAUUUUUUGAUUCAUGUUGAGGAAUACGUUUUGUUCAAAUACUAUUUAAUACCGAGACUUGAUGCGAUCGCUGCAAAAUACUUUGGCCCAAAUGUUCCGUCAGUUGGUGAAUUGGAGCAAAGAGCGGCGCUAGCGUUUGUAAAUACACACCCUGUCAUGGAGACUGUUCCACUUCCGCAAAACGUUAUUCCCGUAGCUGGUGUUCAAAUAAAGGAACCAAGGCCACUGCAAAAGGAUUUGAGAACAUUUAUCGAUUCAUCAAAGAAAGGAGCAGUAGUUUUCUCUUUGGGCUCGAAUUUCCGUAGUGAUUAUAUGCCAGCAGCAAAGCAACAAAUUUUUUUGAAGGUUUUGAGUGAGCUUCCCGAUUAUCAUUUUCUUUGGAAAUUUGAGAGCAAUAUCUCAGCAGCGGAUUUGCCAGAAAAUGUGUUGAUUCGGCCUUGGUUGCCAGUGUCAGAUAUUCUCGCAGAUCCCAAAGUUAAGGCAAUUUACUUCCACGGUGGAAUGUUAACCACACACGAGGCCAUUUGGAGAGGCGUUCCAAUGAUCAUUAUGCCAUUUGCACUUGAUCAGCAACAAAAUUUAAUAAAAACAAAGCGCAUGGGUAUCGCUGAAGGUGUUGAUUAUCUAUCGUUGAACCACAAUCAAAUCCGGAAAACAAUUCUGAAAGUACUGGAAGAUCCAUCGUAUUCGCUGAAUGCACGGAAAUGGUCGAAACGAUUCCGAGACCAGAAAGAAAAACCAUUAGACCGAGCUAUGUGGUACAUUGAGUGGCUCAUACGAAAUCCAGACUGCGAAUAUUUGAAAUCACCCGUUCUUCGACUCGGUUUCACUAUCGGAAAUUCUUACGAUAUUAUUGCAUCUAUUACAGUGUUUCUUACCCUAUCACUGAUAAUUUCACUAAAAUUAUUCUCGUGUUGUGUGAGAAAAAGUUUCAAACUCAAUUAUUCCAAGCCUUUGCACAAGAAAGUUGAUUAAAUUUUCGUCAACUCGCUUUGACUAAUUAAAAA